CACACCAAACAUAUACAAAUUUUGAGUUCUCAUCUCAUGGACUAACUAGCAAUGGUGGUCUCUAAUAAACUCAUUAUCUUCAUUUUGAUGCUCAUAUCUUACUAUGAUAUUCGAACAGCAAGUGCAGAAGAUCAGGAACCUAACCCAUCUUUCUUAGCUCAGAAGUUCUGUUCAAGAAGUAAUUACAGUGCCAACAUUACAUAUAAAACCAAUCUCAAUCUCUUACUUUCUUCUCUUUCAGAUACAUUCAGAAACAACAACACAAUUCCUCUAAACGGUUACCGCAACGUCACAAUCGGGGAAAACCCAGAUACUGUUUACGGGUCAUUACAUUGUAGAGAGGAUGUAGCACCAGAUAUAUGUUCAAAUUGUGUUCAGCUUGCGACGGAUGAAGUUGUAAAAUAUUCUACGUGUCCAAAUUCAAAAGGAGCUAUAAUGUUCUACAAUGCAUGUAUUUUAAGGUACACGGAUACAUCUUAUUUCUCACUAAUGAAUGAAAAACCAACACUUCAUCUGACUAGCUAUACUUAUAUCUUGGACCCGCAACCGCGUUUAGAAUUGGUUACUGGAUUAUUAGAUGAUUUAGUGAUUAAAGCUGUCAUCAAUAGUGUUAACAGUCCUUCUUUAUUUGCUACUGGUGCAACAAAUUAUACAAAUUUUAGUGAUAUCUAUGCAAUGGUCCAAUGUACACCAGAUUUAACACCAACACUGUGUAAUAGAUGUCUUAGAUUGGCUAUUGGGCAAUUACCUGGUUGUUGUAAUGAUACACAAGGGGCUAGAGUUCUACUUCCUAGUUGUACUGCUAGAUAUGAGAUUUAUACUUUUUAUGGUCAGUAUAAAUAUACUACUCGAGCAUCACCUCCAAUUCUGCAAUCAACAUCGGAUACAGCAAAACCAAAUGGAAAUCAUUCAUUUAAACUUGCUGUGAGUGUCGCGGUUCCUUUGGGAAUUGCUGUACUGCUAUCUUACACUGCUGUAUGGUAUUGGUUCUAUGCCCGUAAGGGAAAGAUGCUAAAUCAUAAAGAUUAUGCCCAAGAUGUGGAUCAAGAUAUUUCAAGUGCGGAAUCACUACAGUUUAACUUCGAUGCAAUAAAUAUUGCAACGGAUCACUUCUCCGAAGCUAAUAAGCUCGGGCAAGGUGGAUUCGGCACUGUUUAUAAGGGAACAUUGUCUGAUGGACAAGAAAUUGCUGCGAAAAGACUCUCUAAGAGUUCAGGUCAAGGUGAUCAGGAGUUUAAGAAUGAAGUUUUAUUAUUAGCUAAACUUCAACAUAGGAAUCUUGUGAGGCUAUUAGGUUUUUGCUUGCAUGGACAAGAGAAAUUGCUCGUCUACGAACUAAUGAAUGCAAGCCUCGAUCAUUUCGUAUUUGACGAUUUGAAAAGGACAUGCUUGGAUUGGGAAUGUCGAUACAAGAUUAUUGGAGGAAUUGCUCGAGGUCUUCUGUAUCUUCAUGAGGAUUCUCGAGUAAGGAUUAUUCAUAGAGAUCUCAAGACUAGCAAUAUAUUGUUAGCACCAGAUAUGCUUCCAAAAGUUUCAGAUUUUGGAAUGGCUAGGCUUUUUGUGGUAGAUCAAACCCAAGAUAAUACAAAUAAAUUCGUUGGAACAUAUGGAUAUAUGGCUCCAGAAUAUGCACUGCAUGGACAUUUCUCUGCCAAGUCUGACGUUUUUAGUUUCCACUACAAAACAGGUGGCUUCUAGGGACGGUCAUUUUUCCAAAACCGUCCCUAGAGAUGGUUAUUUGGGACGUUCAUGGUCUGACCGUCCCUAUAGGUCACGUGAUAAUUAAUUUAAGGCUAUUUUUAGACCGUCCCUAAAAGAAAGUAUGACAAAAAAGUAUUAGUGACAGUAGAAUAGGGGACGGACACAAAACCGUCACAAAUGCUUCUUGGGACGGUUUUAGGGUUUCUUGGGAUGUUUUUUGGCCGUCCCAAGAGGCCUUCUAUUUUGUAGUGUUCGGUGUCUUAAUUCUCGAAAUUCUUAGCGGAAAGAAGAACAUCUCGUGUUAUGAAUCAGUAAUAGAAAGUACAGAAGCUCAAGAUCUUCUAACUUACGUAAGUAUGAACGCCUUAAAAGUUAUUUUCGUCCUGGAUUUGUAGAAUUUGAAGCUUGGGAGUUAAUUUCUGUUUCUAAGCCUGGUCUAUCGCAACAGGCAUGGAGAUAUUGGCAGAAAGAAUCAGCCCUGGAUUUUUUAGAUUCAUGUUUGAAAGAGAAUUGUUCGAGAAGCGAAGUCAUGAGAUGUAUCCACAUUGCACUGUUGUGUGUUCAGGACAAUAUUGCUGAUAGACCUACCAUGGCUUUGAUCGUUAUGAUGCUUGCUAGCAACUCAGUUACGCUACCUUUACCGACACGGCCUUCAUAUUUUGUGUCAGAUGAGGCAAUAUACUUGAACAGUUAUAUGUGUAAUAGAAAUAAGACCCAGAAUAUUGUGAACAUUAAUAAACAUAAAACGGUUGUGAAAGGACAAUA